CCACUGUCACCAUCUCCCCCACCAAGAUGGAUCCCACUUCCCCCAACACCAUCCUCCUCUGCACUGCCAGGGGAUUUUACCCCCUGGAGAUCGAGAUCCAGUGGCUGAAGAACGGGAAGCUGGAGGAGGAAGGCGUGGCCUUCGGGGAGGAGCUCCAGAAUGGAGACUGGACCUACCAGCUCCAGGUGAUGCUGGAGACCCAGCCCCAGCAGGGGGACGUCUACACUUGCCAGGUGGGGCAUGUCAGCCUGGAGGCCCCCAUCACCGUCCAGUGGGAGCCCCGUUCCUCCAGCUCUGCCAGGAGCAAACUCUGGACAGGGAUCAUGGGGGCCGUGAUAGGAGCGGCCUUCCUGUCUGUGGGGCUCUUCUCCUACCUGAAGAGCAAGAAAGCCACUCCCAUCCAACCUCCUGCAGCCCUCAUGGAUUAAUCCUGCUCUCUGAUGCAAA